UUUACGCAACACAAACAACAACUACUACAACCAUCAUGACGACCUCCAAGAAGUCCCGCAUCUCCAGCGUGCCCAAGUUCCUUCGCCACCUCUACUCGAUCCUCACAUCCGAAGAUCCCAGCAUCAUCUCGUGGUCGGCCGACGGCGCCUCCAUCCAGCUCUUUAGCGUCACGCGCCUUGAGAACGAGGUGCUCUCCAAGUAUUUCAAGCACAACAAACUCGCUAGCUUCCAGCGCCAGCUCAACUACUUUGGUUUCCGCAAGUGGACCAAGACGCAGUCGCACGUGUGCACGUUCAGCCACCCCGAGUUCAACCGCAGCUCGACGCUCGAGACGACACCGAUCGCCCGCAAGCGCGAGGGGUCGCCAGCAUCAUCGCCUCUGUCGUCGCCAAGGAUGAUGAUCGAGAGUCUCUCGGUGAUGGAGCUACCGUCACUUGAGACCCUCGAAGAUCUGUUUGAGGGCCCCCUGGACGAGACGAGCGACGAAGACAUGGGCGUGGACGCUGCCGACUGGGCGCUGUGCGCCGACCUGCUCGAAGACAACGAUGGGGCAUGGCUGGCGACGCUCGAACCACUCGAUUUUAGCCUUGUCAUGUGAAGCAACUGACCGAAUAUAGAUAUUUAUUUAUUCUUUCGUCAAACGCAUCAAUAGUACUCGAAUCAUCCAUCCA